AUGAGGCAGCCACACCGUCGCUUUUGUCUUGAUGUCAGCGUAAUGCGAGGUGCCAACUGUUGGACAGACCACCACAUGGUUCGCAGCAGGAUUCUACUUGAUCGUCCAUUGUGCCGCAGGCCUCGCCCUGUGCCGAAACCCGCACCUGUUGCUGUCGGAAAGCUGGGUGACCCGGCCGUUCGCAAGAGCUUUGCUGAACAAAUUUCAGACAAGCUCCCUGAUACUGCUGAUGCGGACACUGCAGCUGACCAAUGGCAAGCGGUGAAGGAUAUAAUGUGCAGUACAGCAGAGGAUGUCCUGGGACCACGGCAACGCAGGCAACCCGACUGGUUUAAGGCGAGUGAGACUGUGCUUCUUCCGCUGAUUGAUAUCAAGAAUUCCGCUGGAGAUGUCAUGUUGCAGAAGAACACCGCGUCUUCACGCAAGAACUUUCGUCAGACACAACGUGAGGUGGAGAAGGCUGUAAGGAGUGCCAAGGAAACUUGGAUUGAAGACAUCGCAUCCCAAGCUGAAAAUGCUGCUAACAAUUGUUCUGUUCGUUGGGCUGCAGUCCGCAAGUUGCAGACGCUCCAUCAAGGCCGCCGUCCAAUGCAGCCGUCUGCUGUGUAUUUGGAAGAUGGCACGUUGAGUGAUGGACCCGAGGCUGUCAGUGGAAGAUGGCUGCAGCACUUUCAGGGUGUCCUGAACGUUGAGAGUGAGUUUGACGCAGCUGUGGUCGAGAUGAUGGCGGAUCGCCCUGUUAUUCCUGAGCUGGACCAGCCACCCACUGCUGCUGAGCUGGAGGCUGCACUGCGGACCAUGAAAGCGGGUAAAGCUGGCGGUCAGUCGGGCAUUCUACCGGACAUGGUCUUACAUGGUGGCAAAGACCUACACAGUCGCAUCCUGACCAUCAUGCGUAAAUCCUGGCUCGAAGGCACUGUAGUCGAUGAUUGGCGUGAUGCAGUGGUUGUGCCCAUCCCCAAGAAGGGAGAUCUACACCACUGUGAUAACUGGCGCGGCAUCAGUCUGUUGGACGUUGUCGGCAAGCUGCUUGCCCGUAUUCUGCAGGACCGCCUCAAAGCUAUCGCUGAAAAUGUCUUGCCAGACUCUCAGUGCGGCUUCAGAAAGGGACGUGGCUGCGUCGAUAUGGUGUACGUCGCACGGCAGUUGAUGGAGAAGACGUUGGAGCAUGAUUCAGAUGCAUAUGUCCUGUUCGUCGAUCUGAGAAAGGCGUAUGACAGUAUCCCGCGUGCAGCGCUGUGGCAGGUUCUCCAAAAGCUUGGUGUUCCGCCGGCAAUGCUCCGCAUCAUUCAGUCACUCCACAACGGCAUGACUGCUUCUGUUCGGGUGGAUGGCAAGCUGACUGACCCGAUAACUGUGCGGAAUGGAUUGCGUCAGGGCUGCACUCUCGCACCAAUGCUCUUCAAUUUGUACUUCUCUGCCGUCGUUGCCAGUUGGAGGUCCAGUUGUCCGGACGCUGGCAUAUGCUUUCGAUAUAAAGUCGGGAGGAAGCUAGUAGGUGACCGAACGGCGAAGGGCAAGCUUCUGUCAUCAACGGUCACAGAAUCCCAGUUUGCUGACGACGCUGCACUCUACGCAACAUCUCGGCCUGCCUUCGAAGCGAUGACUUCCAGCUUCAUCACAUGCGCAAGCAGCUGGGGCCUGACGGUCAGUGUGAGAAAGACCAAGGGUAUGGCUGUGGGUGAGUCUGCUGAUCGCCGUGACGUUGUUGUUGGAGCAGACACGAUUGAGGUGGUGGACCAAUUCAUCUACCUUGGCAGUGUGCUCUCCUCGGAUGGUCUUGCCUGUGCUGAUGUCCGCUCUCGCCUUGCGAAAGCCUCAGCUGUGUUCGGAGCCCUCAAAGCUCCUGUCUUUGAUAACCAGACCCUGUCGCUUCGCAGCAAGAGGCGUGUCUAUGAGGCUGUCGUCCUCACGACCCUCUUGUAUGGUGCGGAGACGUGGACCACCAAGGCAGGCCACCUCCAGAAGCUAAACACGUUUCACCAUCAGUGUGUUCGGUCCAUUGUGGGUAUCGGCCGUCGUCAACAGUGGGAUGAUCGGAUCUCAACGGCCACAUUAGCAGCUACAUUCGGUGUUGACCCUGAUAUCACCCGCAUCAUUCGUCGCCACCGGCUUCGUUGGCUGGGUCACGUUCGCACCACUCCAGAAGCCUCUUGUCCGUCCAAUUCAGCACCGCCACUCGCGUAG